AUGAUUUCCUCACAUCUCACGAAGAUUAUCAUUCUCUUCACCCUGCUUGCUUUCACACCCAUGACUGUUAUUGGAUCUUCCGACCCUCAAAAAAUUCCCACGGGAGUUUCUAUCUUCUCUACUGGCACCACGUCAACCCUCAUUUACGAGACACCCAGCAGCUUGUUAGGCACAGAUAAAUUGGCACACUAUUCUACGUACACAGUAUCCACCCAAAUUUCAGGUUCAACAUAUAUCGGAACCUUCGCCGGAUGUUGUUUCUAUCUCUCAGAUGAAUGGGGCACCUGCGUAAACAAUCCCAAAUGUAGUGCGGCAUAUCUUACAAAGAAAGUGUCUGAUUACAUGAAAUCUGGUGGACCAGAAGCACCCUCAAAGACAGAUCCUCCAUCGUUUAUUAUAAAUCCGACCAAAAAUCCGGCCCCUGGCUCGAGUUCGGGUAACGGAAUGAAAACAGUUUUAGAAAUGGAGGGUCAAGAUUGGACCGCAGCUCGCUAG